AUGUUUCGAUUGGCUAUCGGUGUUCUGUGCUCAUUGACGUUGGCGAGCGUCAACUUCGGAGUUCACGGUGAACGGGAGUACCAUCACCGCAAAAAUCUUCUGCAGCAGAGUGUUUCGAGUGAUGCCAUUUCGGAAGAUGAACUUAGUUCUGAGUACUGGUUAAAUGUUGGUCAGCAGAUACUGAGUGAAAAGCUUAGCUUCGAGCACAUUCCAACAAAGGCAAAGAAUGUAAUUUUUUUCAUUGGCGAUGGAAUGUCCGCGCAAACGAUUGCCGCCACCAGAAUGUACCUUGGAAAUGAAAACGAGUAUCUAUCGUUUGAGAAGUUUCCACAUCUUGGACUAGCGAAGACCUACUGCGUCAACCGACAGGUGCCUGAUUCGUCCUGUACUGGAACUUCCUAUCUCUCCGGUGUGAAAAUCAACUACGGGAUGGUUAAUCUGGCGGCAUCGAUUGCCAGAUAUACGUGCGAUUAUGAGAAAGGUAACGAAACGGAAAUUGAUGGGUUGAUGAAAUGGGCACAGGAUGCUGGAAAGGCAACUGGAAUCGUAACGACCACCCGAGUGACGCAUGCAACACCUGCAGCUAGCUACGCUUACAGUGCUAAUCGGUACUGGGAGAGUGACACAGAGGUUGACGAAGCUUGCGAUGCGGUCAAGCCUAUGGACAUUGCGAAACAGAUGAUAUACAACAAAGUUCCGCAGAAUUUCAAUGUGAUUCUCGGCGGUGGUCGUAAGUAUUUUCUUCCCAUCGAAACGGUCGACGAAGAAGGGGUAAGUGGUUACCGAUAUGAUAAGGAAAAUCUUUUGGAGGAGUGGAUGAAGAUACACGGCGAGAUGGGAACAUAUUCAUAUGUUUGGAACAAAACUGCGCUACAGUCAACCGAUUUCGAGAAAACCGGCUUUUUGUUGGGACUGUUUAACCCCAGCCAUUUGCUGUAUAACCUAGAAGCUCAGGAUCAAAAGCGAAACGACAUAGAACCAUCGCUGGCAGAAAUGACGGAAGCGGCUAUCAAAAUGCUCCGGAAGUUUGAUUCUGGUUACGUACUGUUUGUGGAGGGUGGUCAUAUUGAUAUGGCACAUCAUGAAGCCUGGUCCCGGUUAGGAUUGGACGAAACGGCAGAAUUGUCCAAAGCGGUGAACGUUGCACGGCAGCUAACUAGUGUGGAAGAUACGUUAAUUAUCGUCAGUGCAGAUCACGGUCAUACAAUGACCUACAAUGGUUACGCGAAACGUGGACAAGAUAUUCUGGGAAUCGCGGACAUUAGUGACAUGGACAAUCUCCCGUAUACAACUUUGAGCUACGCCAAUGGGCCGGGCUAUAAUGAUACCUAUAAGGAGGACAACCGGGCGGACCGGGUCGACAUUUCCGAUUAUGAUUUCAGCUCGUACUACCAUCGCUAUCCAGCGACGGCCUUGCUGGAUGCCGAGACACACGGUGGGGAAGACGUCUCCGUUUACGCUUCUGGACCGCUAUCUAACAUCUUUAUAGGAAGCUACGAGCAGCAUACUAUACCGCAUCUGAUUGCGUAUGCGAUGGCAAUCGGUGAAUACGGAGAGCCUGGUGAAGACAACGAUGACGGCGCUGGUCAUCGGCUGAUGUCGUCACUGUCCUGUCUGCUACUGGCUAUCGCUGUGGGAUUGUUCAGACAACGCUUUUGUAGAUAA